AUGAGGCUCGCAUCUCUGCUGGCACUCCCUGCCGGCUUGCUCUCCCUCGCCUUCGCUGACACUGUACCCAUCUCAGGCGACUACGACGAGCAUCUUCAUCUCAAGCCGCUUCCAGGAGGAGCUCUGUACGCUGGGUUCAAUUUCACCGCUUCCACUUCCCUGCACGACUACCAAAACCAGCAUUUUCGCUUCUUUCCUCGAUCUCUAGGACAGAUACUGCAACACACACGUACGUCAGAGCUCCAUCUGAGGUUUGCCCUCGGAAGAUGGGACGAAGAGAGUUGGGGCAGCCGACCGCGGAAUGGGAGAAGGGAAGGCGGCACUGGUGUGGAAUUGUGGGCCUGGCUGGAAGGAAGUGAUCAGCAAGAGGCAGAAGAGAGAUGGAGUGGCCUCGUCAACAGUCUCAGUGGCUUGUUUUGCGCAAGCUUGAACUUCAUCGACCGAACGAAGACUAUUCAGCCCAUACUGAGCUUCGAGCCCGAGGGUACCCUGCAAUCGACGGGAUCAUCAAAGCUACAUCUCAUGCACGGAAUGUUGCCCCAUGAAGUUGUCUGCACGGAGAACUUAACACCGUUCCUCAAAUUGCUGUCAUGUAAAGGCAAGGCUGGCGUCUCGAGUUUGCUGGACGGGCACAAGGUGUUCGAUGCUAACUGGCAGACAAUGUCCAUUGAUGUGAGGCCAAAAGGAGGCAGCCUCGAGGUCGAGCAGACCGUUGAUAUGGUAUUGGACAUCGAGCGUAGCAUGCGCUCCAGAGAUAAUCCUAUCCCACGACCGCCUCCGAUAGAGGAGAUUCCCUGUGACGAAAGCAAAUCAUACAACGCUCAUGAUACAUGCUAUCCCAAAAGACCCGAGGGAGAAGUUGGGUGGUCGUUGAGUCGAAUCUUUGGCAGAUCGAUCCAUGGUAGCUGUCCUCUGGCGGCACGGCAUGAUGCAGUCGAUGUCCUUCUGGAAGUACCUGCGAGCAGAAACGUGGAAGUCAGUAGUGAGGUGUCACCGGAAAGCGCUCAGCAGGAUGGCUCGGGCUCACGGCUGUAUCGACUCAGAGACGAUGCGGACUUUGAUCUCAAGCUUUCGCAGCAGGUCAUUGAGCAAGCUCCCGAGGAAAGCCAGGCACUGCUCCGCGCAAGCAGGCAGAUUACAGGCUAUGGUCAAGAGCGAGGAGGCAUGCAUACUGUCAUCACUAACCGACGUCCGACGGCACAGCGCGUUGUUUUCUUGGAAAGUCUCCCUUGGUUCCUCAGGCCUUACAUGCAUACGCUCCGCGUCGAAGGCGCAAAGAUUGAGAAGAUGUAUUACACGCCCGCCAUCGAUCGCGAGAAAGGCACGCAGCUGGAGCUGUUGCUGGAAUUGCCUCCCUUCUCUGAGGUCAACAUCGCCUAUGACUUCGAGAAGGCCAUCCUGCGGUACACGGAGUAUCCACCAGACGCAAAUCGCGGCUUCGAUGUUGCGCCGGCUGUUCUGCGCGUUCUCUCUCAAAACGGUCAAGAAGAUAGCUACCUUCGCACGACUUCACUAUUGUUGCCACUACCGACUCCAGACUUCAGUAUGCCUUACAACGUCAUUAUCUUGACCUCCACCGUCAUUGCUUUGGGAUUUGGAAGCAUCUUCAACCUGCUGAUUCGACGCUUUGUCCUGCUGGAGGAGGUUCAGAAAUCUCCGAUUCCAGAGAAGGUGAAAGCGAUUGUCGCAAAAAUCGGAGCUGUGGUAAGAAAGGGAAAGCCAAGACCAGAGGCGGGCGGGUCUAUACCGAAGAGUCCUGAGCUAGCUGCAGCUGCGACUGGUCGUGAUUUUGAUCAUGAUCUUGGGUCGAUUUAUUCGAGGAAGGCCGGAACAAGAUUGGCGAACGGGAACAGCAAGGCGCCCCAGCAGGCGGCUGAACAUAGAUAG